AUGACGUCCGUGUUCCUCCUCUCUGACGGACUCCGCUUCCUCUCUGACAUCCAGGACCCCCUUGGAUCCUCAGUGGAACCAGAGUCCGUCGGACGCGCUGCCUUCGGGCCGGAGGCGCUCCAGACCAGUAACUACUCCCUGGUGCUGCUCAUCCAGCUCAGCCUGCUCACCUUCGACCUGUUCGUCAACUCCUUCAGCGAGCUGCUGAGGACCGAGCCGGCCGUCCAGCUCGUCCUCUUCAUAAUCCAGGACAUCUCCAUCCUGUUCAACCUGAUCAUCAUCCUGCUGAUGCUCUUCAACACCUACGUCUUCCAGGUGGGCCUGGUCGCCGUCUUGUUGGACAGAUUUAGGUCUCUGCUGAUGCUCUCUGCUCUCUACCUGACCUUCAGCAUCGUCCUGCACUCCUGGCUCAUGAAUCUGCGCUGGUUAAACACCAACAGGUUCAUUUGGACGGACGGUCUUCAGGUGCUGUUUGUGUUCCAGAGAACCGCUUCCGUGUUGUACUACUACUUCUACAAGAGGACGUCUGAGUAUCUGGGCGACCCUCGGCUCUAUGAAGACUCACCGUGGCUGAGAGAGCUGUUUGCUCGAAGCAGACAGUGAAGCACCAGGAGGCCAGAAAUUAGUGAAAAAACCCAGUCCAUACAGCAAAAAAACACAGAAAUCUAACAAGCGGCCUCUUUAGUACAGUUAACUUACAAUCAUAACGCCGUUUACAUUUUGAUAAACGCUAACAUUCAUCUGUAAAAUACAU